AUGGUGCCGCCAAAGCCCGACGUGACACUAGAAAGCGCUGCCAGAUACACGGUCGCAUGGAUCGCUGCGCUCGCUCACGAACGGGCUGCUGCCUUGAUGAUGCUCGAUGAGAGGCACAACGAGCCCACAGACUUUACGCAAAAUGCCAGCGAUGCGAACAGCUAUUCAUGGGGGAAAGUAGGCCGCCACAAUGUUGUUAUAGCCUCACUCCCAACUGGAGAAUAUGGUCUGGCUUCAGCGGCGUCCACCGCCAACCAUCUUUGCUCUUCGCUCCCCCAUAUCCGAGUCGGGCUUCUUGUUGGCAUUGGCGCCGGCAUUCCUACACUGGAUCCGACGGAUGCAAGCGUAUAUCUGGGCGACGUUGUCGUAAGCAAUCCGGAUGACACGCAUGGAGGAGUUGUCCAGUAUGAUCUGUAUAAAGCGAGCAGUAGCGACGGCAGUAGCUUUAGGGAAAGGAAGGGAUUCCUGGACAGUCCUCCACGCGUACUUCGAACUGCACUCAAUGCUCUGCAAGCAGAACAUGAAAUCUCGUCGUCGGGGCUUGAGGACUACCUGGUUGCUUUCUCGACAAAUGAGAAAACGCGAGAACGAUUUGGCUACCCUGGUAGUGAAAAGGAUCGUCUGCGCAGAGAACACAAACAGACAAGAAGUUUGCCAUCCAUCCAUUAUGGGACCAUUGUUUCUGGAAAUGUUCUGAUUAAGAGCACGCUGGAGCGGGAUGCCAUUGUGAGCUGGCUGCUUUCGACCAAGGUUGACCCGAUGUGCUUUGAGAUGGAAGCCGCGGGUCUUAUGAACAGCUUCCCUUGUUUAAUUAUCCGUGGAAUAUGUGACUACGCUGAUGAACAUAAGGAUGAUACAUGGCAGCGGUAUUCGGCGGCAACCGCAGCAGCGUUUGCAAAGGAACUCCUUUCGUAUGUCCGUGUUAAGGAGGUGGAAAGAACAGCCUCGAUUCUUGAAGUUCUGGGGCAAAUCAAGCAAGAUGUCUCAAGCGUUCGUUCAGAUAUGCGCAUGCACGACUCAAGUCUUCGAUUCGGACUGAGUUUCAAAGUCGCUUCGGGGGCGAAAUAUGACGGAGACAUUGAUCAAGAGAACGGCCUUGGCUAUUGUCUCGAAGGUACUCGAAUGGAAAUCAUUGACUUGGUUGAUACCUGGAUGAACGACCCCGUAAGCAAACGAAUAUUUUGGCUCUGUGGGAUGGCAGGUACAGGCAAAUCUACGCUAUCUCGGACCAUUGCACAAAGAUGCAAGACGCAGUCUCGGUUAGGAGCCAGCUUUUUUUUCAAACGGGGCGAGGGAGAUCGAAAUAACGCAAGAUUAUUCUUCCCGACAAUCGCGAAACAGCUUUCCGAUCAGAUACCAGAGAUGCGGGAACAUAUACUCCAUGCCUUGGGCGAGAACUCCGGUCUUUGCGAUGGCAACCUCCAAGAGCAGUGUGAGAAGUUGGUUGACAGUCCAUUGCGCAGUAUUGAUCCAUCAAAUCUCCCAAAUGAUAGAUACAUAAUCAUCAUAGAUGCUCUCGACGAAUGCGAGCAUGAUCCUAGCAUCAGCAUGCUACUGCGACUACUAUCACAAGCAAGCAAGGGUCAUAGACUACCUCCAUUCCAGAUCUUUGUGACCAGCCGACCGGAAUUACCUAUCCGACUCGGGUUCAAACGGCUCGACGAAAGCACCCAUGAAGACGUAAUCCUCGAACAAGCGCAACGACCUACGAUCGCCGGCGAUAUCCAGUUGUUCUUUGAGCAACGGGUAAAGGAGAUCAGGGAAAACUAUAGUGACCAAGAUCCCUACGAGCAGCUGCCUUCGGAUUGGCCGGGUGCGAGCAGAUUGAAGCGACUUGUAGACUCCGCAACACCGCUGUUCAUCUUCGCGUUUACUGUUUGUCGCUUCAUUGCGGACGGAGACCCUGAGGAAGGCUUACAAAGCGUGAUUCGCGAACGCGAUAGAAAUUCCUUGCUAGAUUUCGGACCAACAUACCUCCCAACAUUGAGGAGAUUGCUCCGCCGGAAAAGUGCUAAAGAGAAGGAAAAGGUGCUGGCGCAGUUCCAAGAGCUGAUCGGCGCGAUAGUCCUGCUUUCGGAGCCGCUUUCUGCAGAGUCCUUAAGUAUUCUCUUGCAGCUAAAUCUCCGCCAAAUGCAUGAGUUGCUUAAAAAUAUGCAUCCUGUGCUGAGCAUUCCGAAAAGAAAGGACAGGCCGAUCCGUUUGUUUCACUUAUCCUUUGCGGAAUUUUUGACUGGGGACCGGACCGAUAAUCCAUUUUGGGUAGAUAAGAUCGAAGUCCAUCGCAGGAUCACCCGGAUGUGUCUUGAUCGACUAGGGCGGGACGGAGGCCUCUUCAAAGAUAUGAUCGAAGUUGAAGAGCCUCAGACCCGACGGACGUCUAUCGAUCAGUCGCGAAUCAAGGGAAGUAUCAGCGCAGAUGUCGCAUACGCGUGCAGUUACUGGGCUCUCCAUGCAGUUUCGGGGGAGCAGCAGAUGAGUGAUGACGACGAGAUACAUAAAUUCCUCGAAACACAUCUCUUGCACUGGCUGGAGGCGCUAAGCUGGCUGGGAAGGCUUUCGACCGCGGUGUCACAAAUCAACGACCUGCGCAAGAGAGCAGAGAGCGACUGUUGCGAUAAGCUUGCCGCAUUCCUUCGCGACGCCCGGCAGUUUCUGAUACACAGCCGGUAUAUCAUUGAUCUCGCUCCUCUACAGGUCUACCAUUCGGCAAUAGUAUUCACGCCUAUCCAGAGCAUUGUACGGAAAACUUUUCACAGGGAGACGUAUGCAACGUGGGCGGUUCUGCCGGAAGUGCGCUCUCAGUGGAGUGCGAAUUUCUAUAAGCUCGAAGGCCACAUUGAUCAAAUUGUUGCUAUCGCCUUCUCGCCGGACGGUCAAUUUCUGGUAUCUGGAAGCGAUGAUAGGUCCAUACGGCAAUGGGACUCGCAAACGGGCGAAUUUGUACAGAAGAUGGAAGGCCAUAAAGAUAGCGUUGAUGCAGUGGCCUUCUCAUCAGAUGGACACAUGAUUGCAUCUGCAAGCCGCGAUCGAUCCGUACGGCUCUGGAGCACUUACACAGGCGAACUAGUCCUGGAACUCAAAGGCCACGAUAGCGCCAUCAACGCAGUGGCAUUCUCACCCGAUGGGAGAUCCAUUGCUUCAGCAUCAGGCUGUAUGGUACUGCUUUGGAAAACGCACUCAUCCACGGGCGCUCAAACUCCGCAAACCCGAGAACAUGAGAGUAAAGUUAUCGCAAUAGCUUUCUCACCCGACGGAAGAACUUUGGCAUCAGUAACCCAAGGCAACAUACUGUCUUUACACCGGACGCACGAGCAGACUACUAAGUCGGUACAACGGGCCCUCGGAAAGCCUGAGGGCCAAAUAACGGCCAAAGCCACAUUCACACCGGACAUGAAAUUGGUAGCGCUCUGUUACUGUCGUGUGCAGAUAUUCGACGUGCAAACAGGUGAUCAUAUAUUAGAUCUUGGUGGAAAUGGUGCAUUCAUUGACGCGGUUGCUUUUUCGCUUCACCCACGUUACAUGAUUGCUACGACCUCGAACUCGUUAGUACAGCUAUGGGACGGACGAAGCGGCGAGCUUUUGCGAAGGUUUCAAGAGCAAGAUCUAAUUUGUUCAAUUGCCUUCUCGCCAGACGGAAGCGUCCUCGCGACAGGUUCAUGGGGACAGACAGUACGAUUAUGGGAUUGUCACUUGGACGAAGCUGAGCAUAACCUUGCUGGACACGACGAAUCAAUCGAGGCAGUAACUGUGUCUCGAGAUGAACGAUUCGUUGCAACGGCAUCCUGUGACCAGACAGUGAAAAUCUGGGAUAUGGCAACAAGAAGGCCAGUGCAUGAACUGAGGGGGCAUACCGAUGGUGUCAGCGCCGUGGCCUUUUCUUCGGACAGUACUGUCCUCGCUUCUGCGUCUGAGGAUUGGACAGUGCGAAUAUGGGACACCGAUACAGGCAGUCUUGCGCAUGAGCUCAAAGGGCAUGAAGAUUGUGUUAACGACGUAGCCUUUGCUUCACAUGGAGGGAUACUUGCUUCAGCGUCCGAUGAUCGGACGGUGCGAAUAUGGAAUCGGGACGAGGGACGUCUGGUGUACGAAUUGAAGGGACAUAGGGCAGGCGUCGACGCUGUGACCUUUGCUUUAGACGGAGCGAGUGUUGCUUCGGCGGCUGAAGACUGGACAGUACGGAUCUGGAGUUUGCAAACGGGCGAUCUACUUCAAGUGAUCCCCUAUAGUGAGUUGUCAGCGCAUCACAGGCUCGGCACUGAGGGAAGCCUUCUGCAAGCAGAGAUGGGGACGUUCGUCUUGAACGAUCUUCGACUGCGGGACAUUGAAAGGACUUUCAUGGUGAAAGAUUCCCUCGCCUUGAGCGACCAAUGGAUACUCCACCGAGGACAAGAACUUCUGUGGCUGCCACAUGACUACCGAGGACACCGUAGGAAGAGUCUGAGGGUUUCAGCAUCGCAAGGAAAGACUCUAAUCAUUGGGCAGGCUUCGGGUGCUGGAGGUAAACACGGCAGCGUCGGUUUCUGGAUACGGAAGGCUCGUGAGGGAGAUUUCACGGAUAAUGUGCAGAAAGCUCGCACUGGCAUCCUUCGAAGUCGGUUGAAAUCUGCAAUGUCAGACGCGACGGGGACAGAAUACAAAGGACGCAUGCACGUGUCGAAUACACAAGCCAAGAGGAGCUCGAUCGCCUGCUUACCUCGAUUCAGAACAACAUCGCUGUCAAUAUGGAAGAGCAAGCUUGCAGUGAAGCGAAAGUCGCGUUAG